AGAGGCCAAUUAUCAAUACAAACAAUACGGACAUACUCCACACCCUUCAUUACGUUGUUUUGUCGUCCUUGUCACAAAGACAAGGCCCAAAGCAUACAGAUUUCACAAACAGAAAUAUGUAAUUCACAAUUUGCCAGAUGAUAUAAAAAUCACCUCUUUUUACAUCUGACAUCUCAAUGACAGCUUCCCCCAAAGCUGUGCAUUAGGAGACGCUGGUAAGAUCCCAAAAGGCACAGUUAGUCUAGCACCAGCUACCACAUGCUGCUGGUAACCUUAUUACGUCUGUACACAUCACUCUGGUGGCUGUCACUGCCACGCUGUUAUUAGCACUCCUAACUGAGAAGCUCACUGUUGAUUCCAGCCGCCAUAUUACUUUUCCUCUGCUUGUGUCCUUUAUAGCAAUUAAGCGUGACAAUUGAUGUGAAAUAACAGCAUUCUCUGUUUAGGAUUAAGCUGAAUACCUACAUUACAUCCUUUUUCUUAUCUUACGGGGUAGAAACGUUUAUUAUACAGUUAGUCAUCAUGUCACAUUUCAAGGUACAAUCCCUUUAUUUUCAUGUUGUAUAUUUUAUAUUCAGUUAUUUUGUACUUUUUUUACUUUUUAAGUGUGAAUCAUUCAUACAUGAAGACUUUGAUAACAGUCAGCUGUAGUUGAUAUACCUGUCUGAUUUGAUUGCUUACAAUGAAACAAUUUUAAGUAUUGAAAUACUUUAAACUACCAAACAGUAUAUUAAGCAAAUUUAAAUGCUGCUUAAAUGUUAAUGCAGCAGCAAUAGUCCAAUAAUAUGAUGUAAAUAUAAUAAUAUAACACAGGGAUUAUUCUGCAGCAUGAUUUUUUUUUUUUACUUUUGCUGAUUUAAGUGCUGAUAAUGCUUGUGCAUGAUUACUCAGGUAAAAUUUCUAAUGAACGUUUUUACUUAAAACGGAGAAUUUUCACAUUGUGUUAUUUUUACUGAGAUAAAGGAUUUGAAUACUUCCUCCAUCACGGGGCAGCAGUUAUGUUACCAUAAUGCCAUUCUUUUACACUUUCAUCACACUAUAGCUUUGAGAAACGUCAGAAGUAUUGCAUGACAACGAGUAUAAGAUCUCACGAUUAACUGCGAGACUUGGAAUCUCCAAAAUUUUGUCCGGUCUAAAGAGCGACAUCCGAUGGGGGGGACCGACACUCGGAGAUGCACGGGUCAAGUGAGGCUUGGGUCCUACACAUGGAUGAACUGGGGGAGGAGAGAGCACAGUGAGGCUGUCAUGUAAGCCGUCUCCUCUGGGGCCACCUCUUGGUGCGUGCUGCUUCCUGCCUUAGGUUGAAGCCUCAGUGUUUCUUGCUACUGAGGCGUCAGGCUGCUCACUCUCCUGUCCUCUCCCUCCCGCUGAGCAGGCAACAGCUCCACUCUCAAAGCACUGAAAUGGAGAAGAGCUGCUCAGAGUGUUCAGAGCCGACACUUGCACAGAGCCUGUGUACACUCUGCAACAAGUGGUUGUGUUACCAGUGCACAGAUGUGCAUCAGCAUCAGAGAGCCCCUAACAGUUCCCAGUACAUAGACUUGCACCAACAGAGGCCCAGUGCCACCCAGUGUCCUGACCUGCACCAGAGAGGCUCCAGCUCCCUGCCUCCGACUGGACAAGGCCCGGGGUCGUAUCCUUGUUCCCUCCUCAUGUGCCACUCUCACAGACAGGAGCCCUUGGAGCUGUUUUGUGAGUCAUGUGACCUUCUGUGCUGUAGCAGCUGUCACAUGUCCUCCCACAAAAACCACAGAGUGGUGCAGAUCAGGAAGGCCCUACAGGAUCAGCAGUGGCUGUUUGAGAGCCUGAUGGUGCAGGUGGAAGAGAGGAGGUCUGCAGUGGAGAACAAUGCUAAACAGAUAGAGGACAGGCUUCAUGGAGUAAAGAUUGCACACAGGAAGGCAGAGAACCAGAUUAAAAUGGCAAAGAUGAUUAUGAUGAACGAGCUUAACAAACGAGCCAACCUAUUAAUAGAGCAACUGGAGAAAAUCUCAGAGGACUUCCAGCAGCGUCUGGAGGACCAGCUGCAGGGGGCAAUAGAGAUAUGUGGCCAGCUGGACCAUGUUCAGAAGUUCAUCACCUGGGCUACGACCCACCACUGCAGAGGCCCGGUGCUCUUCAGCAGGGCUCUGAUUUCACUCCAGAUGCAACAACUGCUUGAGCCGUUGCUCCACUCAGACACUUGGAGUCCUGUCAAGAUCAAAUUCAACUGGGACGCUAGUUACUGGACGAAGCAGGUUUCCUCUUUAGGCCAGCUGACUGUUGAAGGGGGGAACUGCAUUUAUCCUCAGGGCUUGGCCUGCUCUAGUAUUCUCAGGCCGCAGCCCAUCACCUGCUUGGCUCUGCCGUCUGUGUGUCACAGAGGACGAGAGCCGGGCUGUGGGUACCAGGCCUGCUGUGAGGCCCAGAUGUGUUGCCUGCAUGGCAUUCCCUCUCAGCCAGAUCUGUCCAGUCUGGAAAAAAGUCAGCUGGAAGCCACACUUUAUAACUCCAGCUGUGUUCAGCCUGCCCUUAUCGCUGCCUCCUUGCACCCGAUCCAGCAGCUCCAGAGGUGCUGGGAUCCAGACAGCUCAUCGCAGUGUCCUCCCUCUUUAUCACCUGUCCCAAUCAUGGGACCCAUCCAGCUCAACUGCAGUCGAGGAUCUACAUCCCAGCCACAAGCUACUGCUCCUCAGCCCCAAUCUCAGGGGAAAUCUUAUCUCUAUCACCAACACCAGAGAGAAGCUCUUCCUGACAGCCAGGCUCAGCCAAGUGCAGACCGUAGCAGGCCAGGCCAGUGUCAGGGGAAGCUGACGACCAGCACAGCUCUGCAGCAGGAUCUCAGCUGCAUAGCUGUGGACAGAGACGUGAUGACUGAAGAGAACUGGGAGGAGAGGUGCAGAGCGGAGGUGGUCCGUGGACAAACAGCUAGGGUUGAAAGCAGAGAGCUGCUGGAUGAGGAGCUGCAGCAGAACAGGAGGGAACAGAGUCAGGUCCAACAGCAGCAGCAGCAGCUCCGUGUUCCUCCUGCAGCAGAGCUGAGAAAAGGGCAGCAGAGAAACAGACCUGCACUGACGCUCAGAGACCACAGAAAUGGCAGGAGAUCCACAUCCCUGGAGGUGUCUGUGACAGCCCUCGAGUGUGUAUCUGAUGUGCAGAGCAGCAGGCUCAGCCCUAGUUCAAUGUGCAUGAGGAGGAAAAGACGCUCCCAGAGCAUACCGGCAGAACUGGCAGCCCCAUCCACCAGCCCUUACACUGAAAGGCCCACAGGAUGCACUCACGGCCUAGAGACAGGAGCUGCAAAUAAGUAUGCCAGUAUGGAUCCCAGACAGAGGAGAGCUUCAGAUGGGGUGCUUUGUACUGUCAAAGAAACUUUGUCUGAUGCGGUCCCCUCCAGAGGCCACCGGUCUCCUCUACUGUCCUAUAAGAUAGAGCCAGAUCAUUCUUUUACUUAUGUAAAUGAAGAGAUUGAUUAUGAGGCCAAGGAGAAAUGCAGGGUGUCAAGAACUGGCCACAGCAGUGACAGAGAUGUUCAGAAGGACUCAGGAAGGCCCAGGGUUCCCGUGGUUUGCUUAGAGCGUCUCAAAAUACUUGUGUCUCAACUCCCUGCACACGGACGACGGCAGAGUGACCCUUUACCUGCCAGCGGCAUGGAGAACAGCCAGACUCUCCCGCAGCAGAGACCCUGGCACGAUGCAUCCUCUGAAGGGAUUGCUGGAGGCUCGGAGACCACGAGGACCACCCACUCACUCCCUGCGCCACCAUACACAGAGCGUCCGAACAGUAAUCAGUCUACCACACACUCGACCACUCAAGAGUUUGACAGCCGAGGGACAGUUAGCUCUGGUGAAGCGUCCACGCAGCCGCCCACAGACCCUAAAUAUGUGCCACAGAGGUACUCUGCACUGGAUCUGGACUCUGACUCUGAUCCCAGAUCAGUCUCAGAAGACGCAGUUGUUUCUUGGGCUGAUCCAGAUCCACAGCUAGACUCAGAUGCAUCACCAGAUUCUGACCCAAUUGCAGAGUCUUCAUCUGAGGCUGAGCUCGAAUGUCUGGCUGUGGCGAAAUCAGUGGCUGCAGGAGAGAUGGGGCACUGUGGUGAAACUGAUAUUGCAGGGGAUUCAGAGCCAAGUCUUGAAUAUGAGGCAGACCCAGAAUCAGAUGCAGGAGCAGGAUCAGAGGACGGCCAAGGGCUGGACGCUGAUGCAGAAUCAGGCGAUGCUGAAACAGAGUCAGAUGUCCAGCCUGACUAUGAUCCCAGUUUUCAGGCACAGACCGAUUCUGAUGUUGUAUCCGAUCAGCCUCCAGACUCUCAGGGCUCUAUGGAGUCUGAGCUUGACGUCGAAUCUGAACCUGAACUGACAACAGACGACCCGCAACCGCUUCGCUCUGACCUGGAAGAGGAGUCCCACAUCGGUCCUGGUCAGAGGCCGCUUCUGAUUGCAAACCCUGUCGCUCAGAGAGGCAGAGAGGAAGUCCAGUCUGACGAGGACAAUGCAGAGGUUGAGAGUGAGGACUUCUGUGCUGUGUGUCUGAUUGGAGGGGACUUGCUGUGCUGUGACCGCUGUCCAAAAGUCUUUCAUCUGUCUUGCCAUAUCCCGUCUCUACUAAGCUUCCCCUCAGGUGACUGGGUGUGCAGCCUGUGCAGAGAUGUUGAGCAGCCAGAGGUUGUGUAUGACUGUGAGAAUGAGAGAACAUCUGGAGAACACACAUCUGCACACGGACUGCCUGCAUGUGACCAGAGAAAAUGUGAGCGGCUGACUCUUCUGAUCCUCAGUAACAUCCUGAGUGCUCCCUUCCACGAGCCCGUCAGUCCACUUGCUCGUCAUUACUACCAGAUCAUUAAGAGGCCCAUGGACCUGUCUGUGAUUAGGGCCAAACUUAACAAGAGGAAUACCCGACAUUAUAACUCAGCAGACCAGUUUGUUGCUGAUGUCUAUCUCAUGUUCCGCAACUGUGCAAAGUUCAAUUAUCCUGACUCUGAGGUGGCCCAAGCUGGCAGCAGCCUCGAGACGUUCUUCACCUCCAAGCUGAAAGAAGUUUUCCCAGACAGAGUCUUCCCCGCGGCUGAGGCGGACUCUGACAGCGAUGAGUAUGAUGAGGCCUACAGGACCGCUGAGAGUGGUUUCCCCUGGGCAGAGAGGAGGGAACAGUGCCACAGGAAGAGGAAGAGGAGACACUCUCUCAAGUCAAGGAGACAUUACUUCUAAGCAGAGGUGAAUGGAGUGCAACAAUGUACAAAAAUAUGCUGUAUUUGUGUGUCAUAAUACCGAUUUUAUUUAGCAGCCUGUGGGACUGUAAGUGUUUCCAUUCUGUAAUCUGAGAGUAGCCCUAAUUUGUGGUUUGCAAUAAUAUCACAGUGCUGCCAUCCGAUGGCAGCUGAACAUAUUGAAACAAUAAUUCAUAUAUUUGAAAUGCAGGAGCAAUUAUUAUCCCUGCAGUGUAAAAACUGAUUUAAAAAAAAAAGGUUUCAGUUACAUACUAUAUGCUACACAUUUGGAACCAUAUCUCUUUGGAGAAAAAAGAUGAAUCGAACAGUUGUAAUAGUAGAUGGUGAGGAGGUGAUGCUGUAAUUGUUACUGUGUCAUAUCAUAUCAUGUUUUGGCCAUUGAUGAUUUGCUCCUGAAUUUACUUACUGUAUUUACAUUCAGACCUCCUAAAAUCACUUACCUGAUGUUAUAUGCUAUAUUGUACAAAGAGGAUGCUGUAGUUGGAUGUUUAUUAAUCUCACUUUGCAUCUUUAUUAAGUGGAUUUUUUAGGUGAACAUAGCUCUGAUUAUACACAGCACUUUGAAACUUUGAUAUUGGAAAAUACUGUAUUUACCAUAUUCGUAAACAUAUGUGUACAUGUUUAACUGUAUAGAACUUUAUUUUACUAUAUUUGUCAUUUUAAUUACUAAAUGAUUGCAGGCAAUUGUCAUAUGUUUGAUUAUUGAUAUAAUUGUGUCUCGGUAGCUUUGUUUUUGAAAAGCAGCAGUGAAUCUUACUGACUUUGACUUUUUGACCAGAGUGAUACAGAAUGUGAGGGCACUAUAAACAGUGUUAGAGCUCAACAGGAGUAAACAUGUAUUUUCAUGUUUGUUAGAGGAUUUAAUAUCCAGAUCAAACGAAUCCAGAAAAUUUAAAUUUUGCAUUUAACCAUGAAUUAAGUUUGUGUGUACAUUAUGUAGCCUUUUUGUUCCACCAGUGUUUCUGCAAAAUAUUGUACUCUUCUGUUUUCCAAAUAUCUCGGGCUUAACAAGUGUGUAAGGUAGUGAUAUCAUUCAGUAUUAAUGAUUAUAAAAACGCCCUUGCUAUUUAUAGAGCCGCGCUGUGGAGAGGGAAUAUGUCAUUUUAUAAUACCUGCUGUUGUAGAGCAUUUCUUGUUUUUAAACAUUCUUUACUUGCUUCCUGCAGCUUAAGAUAGAUUUUACUUGACAUUUAGAAUAAUUACUGCACAAAUUAUUUUCUGUGCACUCCUUGAUCAUUGUCAAGAGUGAGUAUACAGUAUAUGUAAUGUUACUUCCUUUGAAAUCAAUAGAUGUAAUAAUAUUUCCUACUGUAUGAUAAAAUAUAGUUACUGUCACUGUUUCAGGAGAACAGUCUGUUUCUUUUCAUUCAUUUUUUUUACUGUAACAGUCGAUGAUAAAUGUGCACAUGUUACUAUCAAUAAAAUGCAUUCAAGAGAAAA